AUGGUCUCUCCGAAGGGCUUCGGCGACCCGUCCUCCUCCUCCUCCGCCUCCUCCUCCUCCUCCUCCGUGGGCGGCGUGAGGGACGGCAGGGACACCACGUACAGGGUCGCCAAAGCCAAUUGCCCAAUUCCGAAGGCAGCAGCAGCAGUCGAGCCCGUGGCGAAGCUCGUCUGCGACUGGAGGGGCCCCGAGGGCAAGCGGUGGUGCAGCCGCUGCAGGUUGGCGGAGCGCGCCAGCGAGUGCCCUGGCUCGAUCGUCGCGGCGGCGCUCAGUUACAACGAGGCGCUGAAGCAGGCUGGCAAGGACGUGCACAUGCUGGUCAAGCUCUUGCCCCAGCGCGAGGCGGACCUCGUGCGCGAGAUGCCCGUGGUGAUGCGCGCAGCCUGCGGGGUGAUGGGCUCGAGCUUCACUGCGGCCUGUGGCCACCCUCAGCCAAGGCGAAGGCCGCCAUCGCCAGGCUCGCCAAGAAGCUGGCGCCAGCGGUCCCUGGCAAGCUCGCGGUGUCCAUCGAGCCGCUGA